AUGUUGGCCGCAUCACAGGCCGCAGUGGGCAGGCCUUACACGUGCAGUGAGUGUGGCAAGAGCUUCCGCCACAGCGGCCACCUCGACCUGCACCAGAGCGCGCACCGGCGGCACCGCGGCCGCCUCUGUCGCUGCCGCUCGCGUGCUCCGGACGCGCACCGGUGUGGCGUGUGCGGCAAGAGCUUCGGCAAGAGCUCCACGCUGACGCGACACUUGCAGACCCACUCGGGCGAGAAGCCCUUCAAGUGCCCCGAGUGCGGCAAGGGCUUCCUGGAGAGCGCCACGCUGGUGCGCCACCAGCGCACGCACACGGGCGAGAAGCCCUACGCCUGCGGCGCCUGCGGCCGCCGCUUCAGCGAGAGCUCCACACUGCUGCGCCAUCAGCGCAGCCACCAGGGCGAGCGGCCGCACGCCUGCGGCACGUGCGGCAAGGGCUUCGGGCAGCGCUCCGACCUGGUGGUGCACCAGCGCAUCCACACGGGCGAGAGGCCCUUCCCGUGCCCGGACUGUGGCCGCUGCUUCAGCGACCGCUCUGACCUCACCAAGCACCGGCGCACGCACACCGGCGAGAAGCCGUACCACUGCGAGGUGUGCGGCCGGCGCUUCACGUGCGUGUCCAACCUCAAUGUGCACCGGCGCAACCACGCCGGCCACAAGCCGCACAAGUGCCCUGAGUGUGGCAAGGCCUUCAGCGUGGGCUCCAAGCUGACGCUGCACCGCAAGACGCACCUGGGCGAGCGGCCGGCCCAGUGUGCGGAGUGUGGCAAGUGCUUCAGCCACAGCCGCUCACUGUCACAGCACCAGCGGGCGCACACACGGGCUCGCGCCGCCGCCGCCACCCAGGCCAUGGCAGGCACUGCCCUGAUCUAUGCUGGCCAAGCUGAACAGGAAAAGCCGGGACUCUUUGUGUCUCAGUUGAGAGAGACUUGCUGA